AUGGAAAUCAAAGUAACAAUGCUGAAUAAAAUAAAGUUUAUUCAGGUGAACCUUCACCACGCAAAAGGAGCUAGCAGCGUUCUUUGUAGAAGGUUCACCCGUGAAAAUCUGGACGUAGCUUUAAUUCAAGAGCCUUGGUUCAACAACAAUACAGUUAAAGGAAUUUCUACACCAAAUUGUAAGCUUAUUUACGACAGUACACAAACUAGUCCUAGAGCAGCAAUUCUAAUACGGGAAAAUUUAGCUUUUAUCCCCGUUACUGAAUUCAUCAGUAGAGACAUCGUGGCAAUUCAAAUAGAGGUUCCAACGACCCGAGGGAUAACGGAGAUCAUCGUCGCUUCUGCCUAUUUCCCAGGAGAUAACGUUGAGAUUCCUCCUAAAGAAGUUGCCGCGCUUGUUCAACACUGCAAACUGAAAAACAAGCAGCUCAUCAUAGGAUGUGAUGCGAUUGUCCUCCACACGGUCUGGGGUAGCAGUAACAUCAAUGUUAGCGGUGAUUGUUUACUUCACUACUUGAUUUCACAUAACAUAAACAUUUGUAAUCAAGGUAAUGAUCCAAUAUUUGUUACCAGUAUUAGACAAGAAGUUCUUGAUCUAACGCUUUGCAGCUCAAAAUUAUCUGGUAUGAUUGAGAAUUGGGGAACUGGUGACUGA